AAAAAAUGUAGCCACUUUCACACCAACACCCCCUUCCCAACAACAUGGGCAGAAAACGCGUUAGAGUGGCGAGUUUGUCUGUUGGUCGUGCCACCGCCUGUUUCAGGGUAGGCUCCACGCCAUUUCAAUCCAAACCCAGGAAUUUAGACUCCAUUGAAGCAGCUCAGAAAACAGAGUUUUUAAGCAAUAGCAGGGAUGUUCACAAUGAGUUUAGCACCGCCGGCGGCCCUGAGGAUCCUGACAGGCUGGUGAAAGAUCAUGAGGUGCCGGCGGAGGUUGGAAACAAGAUAAUGGUGGUUGUGGAUUCGAGCCUUGAAGCACAGGGAGCUCUUGAAUGGGCACUCUCUCACACAGUUCAGAGUCACGAUAGUAUUAUUCUCCUUCAUGUAUCCAAGCUCUCCAAACAAGGGUCCAAGGGGAAAGGUAGCUUAAUGGCUCAUGAACUUCUGUACUCCAUGAAAAAUAUGUGUCAGACGAAAAGGCCUGGGGUGCAAGUUGAGAUAGCUUUGGUUGAAGGAAGGGAAAAGGGCCCAAUAAUAGUGGAGGAAGCAAGACAACAAAGAGUGUCCUUAUUGGUAAUAGGACAAGGAAAGCAAUCGUCUAUGUUAUGGUCCCUAAUGAUGAGAUGGGCAGGAAAGAGAAACCGUGGAGGAGUUGCAGAGUACUGUAUCCAAAAUGCUUACUGCAUGACCAUUGCAGUAAGGAGGAAGAGCAGGAAGCUUGGAGGUUAUUUGAUUACAACCAAGCGCCAUAAAAAUUUUUGGCUUUUGGCUUGAUGUGAUUGUCAAUAAUUCUAUGAGAUUUGGUUGUGGAAGAUCUGAACACUCAAUUUUGCAUCAACCGUUAUUCACGCUCACACCCCACGUCUAUAGUUUUUUCAUAAGAUGUAAAAGUAUUUUUCAAAGGGGAUAGAAGUGUUUUUCAUAAGACGUGUGGUAUGGAAUUGUAAAUAGUAAUUGAUGAGAAGAAUUUUUCUUAAUGCAUGUAGAUUGUACUUUUGAGGUCUCACUGUAAAAUUAGUAAAUAAUUAUGAAUUAUGUUUUUUAUUUGUCAUACAUUCUAGAAGAAAGAAAGAAAUCUAUCUGCAAAUCUGUUUAUUGACACAGAAUACAUCACUGAUGUGAGAGCAUAACUUUGUAUUUUGACUUUCUUUUUCUUAUAACUACAAUGAGUCCGUCAAUAAGAAAUGUGUUUACACAUGGACUUGUCGGCAAAACUCUACAAAAAAAUAAAGGAAAAUAAGGCACCAGAAGGAACAUCAGGCAGUGAACCACUUCAAACAUAUCUGAUCAUAUUAUUUUAUUUUCUUCUUACCAUCAAUGUACAUUUUCAAAGGACCCUUCUUCAGUAAACAAUGGAUAAAGCAUGUUAAUAUACAAAUCAUAAGGCCAGGACUCGCUUUAGAACUCUUUGAUGCGGCUCAAAAUUAAAACCAUUGUCAAUUAUAACCAUGUCUGGAUGCAAUUCGAUGUAGGUGAUCGUAUCCUGCAAGUACACCGGCCCCUGCCAUCCCCGCAAGCAUAUUUGCGGUAACUCCACGGAACAACGCUAUGAAACCCUCAAGGCGAA